UUUCGUUCGCCAUGUUGAUUAUUCUUUCUUGCUAUUUCUGUCGACGGAGUACACGUGAGGAUUCAAAAUGUCAUCGCAUUUGAAUUGGAUGAUAAUUCGUAACAAUAAUGCUUUCUUGCUCAAAAAGCGCAAUAUCAAUAAGCCGUUCUCUACGGAAUCUAACAACUUGACGAAUCUAAGCAGUUAUCGCUACUCUGGAUUAAUUCACCGUAAGAGUGUAGGCGUUGUUGAUACACCUGACAAAAAAGGUUUUACUGUUGUCUAUAAGAAGGCUAAGGCAGUCAACAAACCUGCCAAAGCUACUGUAAGGAGUACAAUGAAGGCGGGAGCUCGUCGUUCUCUUCAUAAAUUGAAGACUUUGCUUACAGCAAAUAAAUAUCGUGUAGACCUUACCAAGGCUGCAUUACGACGAGCCAGUGCUGUGCUACGUUCUCAGAAACCUUUACCUGCUAAGAAGACACGAACAGCGAAAAAAGCUGAUUAAUUUGUAUACAUUAUUAAAUAUAUCUUUUGAUGUAA